AUGUCUCCCGGUGGAGGUGCGCCCUGCGUGACGGAGAUGUCUCCCGGUGGAGGUGCGCCCUGCGUGACGGAGAUGUCUCCCGGUGGAGCAGCAGUUGAUCAGAACUACCACCACCGGCUCUCAAGUGGUCGAUACCUGCCUUGUGCCUACCAUGUCAAGGUUUUGGGAAUCAGUGUCACCUUGGCCGGGUCUCAGACCAGGUAUGCUGGUGGACCAGUCAACCGGACUGAACGCUGGUGCAUGCAGUCCGAUGUAGAACUCACAGUCCGGUUACAACCUGUACACGUGGGCAAGCAUGGAGGCAAGCAUGGAGGCAAGCAUAGAGACAAGUAUGGAGGCAAGCAUAGAGGCAAGUAUGGAGGCAAGCAUGGAGGCAAGCAUAGAGACAAGUAUGGAGGCAAGCAUAGAGGCAAGCAUGGAGGCAAGCAUAGAGGCAAGCAUAGAAGCAAGCAUGGAGGCAAGCAUAGAGACAAGUAUGGAGGCAAGCAUAGAGACAAGUAUGGAGGCAAGCAUAGAGACAAGUAUGGAGGCAAGCAUAGAGACAAGUAUGGAGGCAAGCAUAGAGACAAGCAUGGAGGCAAGCAUAGAGGCAAGCAUAGAAGCAAGCAUAGAGGCAAGCAUAGAGGCAAGCAUAGAGGCAAGCAUAGAGACAAGUAUGGAGGCAAGCAUAGAGGCAAGCAUAGAGACAAGCAUAGAGGCAAGCAUAGAGACAAGUAUGGAGGCAAGCAUAGAGACAAGCAUAGAGACAAGCAUAGAGACAAGCAUAGAGACAAGUAUGGAGGCAAGCAUAGAGACAAGUAUGGAGGCAAGCAUAGAGGCAAGCAUAGAGACAAGCAUAGAGACAAGCAUAGAGACAAGCAUAGAGGCAAGCAUAGAGACAAGUAUGGAGGCAAGCAUAGAGACAAGCAUAGAGGCAAGCAUAGAGACAAGUAUGGAGGCAAGCAUAGAGACAAGCAUAGAGGCAAGCAUAGAGACAAGUAUGGAGGCAAGCAUAGAGACAAGUAUGGAGGCAAGCAUAGAGACAAGUAUGGAGGCAAGCAUAGAGACAAGUAUGGAGGCAAGCAUAGAGACAAGCAUAGAGACAAGCAUAGAGACAAGUAUGGAGGCAAGCAUAGAGACAAGUAUGGAGGCAAGCAUAGAGACAAGCAUAGAGACAAGCAUAGAGACAAGUAUGGAGGCAAGCAUAGAGACAAGUAUGGAGGCAAGCAUAGAGACAAAGACAAGUAUGGAGGCAAGCAUAGAGACAAGUAUGGAGGCAAGCAUAGAGACAAGUAUGGAGGCAAGCAUAGAGACAAGUAUGGAGGCAAGCAUAGAGACAAGCAUAGAGACAAGCAUAGAGACAAGUAUGGAGGCAAGCAUAGAGGCAAGUAUAGAGGCAAGCAUAGAGACAAGUAUGGAGGCAAGCAUAGAGGCAAGUAUGGAGGCAAGCAUAGAGACAAGUAUAGAGACAAGCAUAGAGACAAGUAUGGAGGCAAGCAUAGAGACAAGUAUGGAGGCAAGCAUAGAGACAAGUAUGGAGGCAAGCAUAGAGACAAGUAUGGAGGCAAGCAUAGAGGCAAGUAUGGAGGCAAGCAUAGAGACAAGUAUGGAGGCAAGCAUAGAGGCAAGUAUGGAGGCAAGCAUAGAGACAAGUAUGGAGGCAAGCAUAGAGGCAAGCAUAGAGACAAGCAUAGAGACAAGUAUGGAGGCAAGCAUAGAGACAAGUAUGGAGGCAAGCAUAGAGACAAGUAUGGAGGCAAGCAUAGAGGCAAGUAUGGAGGCAAGCAUAGAGGCAAGUAUGGAGGCAAGCAUAGAGACAAGUAUGGAGGCAAGCAUAGAGACAAGUAUGGAGGCAAGCAUAGAGGCAAGUAUGGAGGCAAGCAUAGAGACAAGUAUGGAGGCAAGCAUAGAGGCAAGCAUAGAGGCAAGCAUAGAGACAAGUAUGGAGGCAAGCAUAGAGACAAGUAUGGAGGCAAGCAUAGAGGCAAGUAUGGAGGCAAGCAUAGAGACAAGUAUGGAGGCAAGCAUAGAGGCAAGCAUAGAGGCAAGCAUGGAGGCAAGCAUAGAGACAAGUAUGGAGGCAAGCAUAGAGACAAGUAUGGAGGCAAGCAUAGAGACAAGUAUGGAGGCAAGCAUAGAGACAAGUAUGGAGGCAAGCAUAGAGGCAAGCAUAGAGACAAGUAUGGAGGCAAGCAUAGAGACAAGUAUGGAGGCAAGCAUAGAGACAAGUAUGGAGGCAAGCAUGGAGGCAAGCAUAGAGGCAAGUAUGGAGGCAAGCAUAGAGACAAGUAUGGAGGCAAGCAUAGAGACAAGUAUGGAGGCAAGCAUAGAGACAAGUAUGGAGGCAAGCAUAGAGGCAAGCAUAGAGACAAGUAUGGAGGCAAGCAUAGAGACAAGUAUGGAGGCAAGCAUAGAGACAAGUAUGGAGGCAAGCAUGGAGGCAAGCAUAGAGGCAAGUAUGGAGGCAAGCAUAGAGACAAGUAUGGAGGCAAGCAUAGAGGCAAGUAUGGAGGCAAGCAUAGAGACAAGUAUGGAGGCAAGCAUAGAGACAAGUAUGGAGGCAAGCAUAGAGGCAAGCAUAGAGACAAGUAUGGAGGCAAGCAUAGAGACAAGUAUGGAGGCAAGCAUAGAGGCAAGCAUGGAGGCAAGCAUAGAGGCAAGCAUGGAGGCAAGCAUAGAGGCAAGCAUAGAAGCAAGCAUGGAGGCAAGCAUAGAGGCAAGCAUGGAGGCAAGCAUAGAGACAAGUAUGGAGGCAAGCAUAGAGGCAAGCAUGGAGGCAAGCAUAGAGGCAAGCAUAGAAGCAAGCAUGGAGGCAAGCAUAGAGGCAAGCAUAGAGGCAAGCAUAGAGGCAAGCAUGGAGGCAAGCAUGGAGGCAAGCAUGGAGGUUCACAUCGUGCCCCUGAUUGUGCAUAUGGCAUCUCUACUCUGAACUGGGUCUAUUGUGCAUAUUCCUACUCGCAUACCCCACUCAAGCAACCGGUUGACCAGACCACGGCGACAGUGGUCCUAGGGGACCAACUCAAGGGCCCUAGGGACCACCUCAAGGGUCCUAGGGACCAACUCAAGGGCCCUAGAGACCACCUCAAGGGUCCUAGGGACCAACUCAAGGGCCCUAGGGACCACCUCAAGGGUCCUAGGGACCAACUCAAGGGUCCUAGGGACCACCUCAAGGGUCCUAGGGACCACCUCAAGGAAACUCAGGAAACUGUCCGUGUCUCACCUUGA